AUGACUACUGAAGCUUUUAUCGCCGCAUUAAAGCGGAUGAUCGCGCGUCGCGGAAUAUGCAAAAAUAUAUAUUCCGACAACGGUACCAAUUUUGUAGGUGCCAAUAAUGAACUGGCUGAGCUUUCCAGAGUACUGCACAAAAACGAGGAAAUACGCCACUUUUUGACAAAUAAAGAAAUAUCGUGGCACUUCAUGCCAGCUCUCACCCCGCAUUUCGGCGGUCUCUGGGAGGCAUCGGUCAAGUCCUUUAAACAUCACCUUAAACGCGUCGUCGGUGAUGAUUUAUUUACAUUCGAACAAUUUGCCACCUUUGUAACGGAAAUCGAAGCUGUCCUUAAUUCCCGUCCACUGACACCAAUUUCAUCUGAUCCUAAUGAUCCCGAAGCCCUUACUCCCGGCCACCUUCUCAUAGGAACCGCGUUGACGAGUAUACCUGAGGUCGAUUUGACUAUGACCUCCAACAACAGGCUGUCCCAAUGGCAGCACGUACAAAAGGUGAACAAGACUUCUGGGCCAGAUGGUCUAAAGAAUACAUCAACCAAUUAA